AGGUAGGGGUGGAGAGAGAGAAAGCACACGCCGUGAGGAGGUGUGGGUGUUCCGCUUCCAUCCUAACGGAACCAGCUCCUUCUUCGCAGAUAUGGGAUUGCCCAGCGGCCGCUAAACCCGCUCCUCGUCCCUCAAACCGGCGCGGCUCCCCGGCACCAAGGAGCUGAGUAGAGAGGAGCAGGAUUCGCAUCCCUUACUGGACGAGCCUUGGACACAGAGUGCCUGACCUGGUCAGGGUUUUCAAGAAAGACAUGUCUGACAAAAUGUCUAGUUUCCUACAUACCGGAGACAUUUGUUCUCUGUAUGCGGAAGGAUCGACAAACGGAUUCAUCAGCACAUUGGGCCUGGUUGAUGAUCGAUGUGUUGUGCAGCCAGAAGCUGGGGACCUUAACAAUCCACCUAAGAAAUUCAGAGACUGCCUCUUUAAGCUAUGUCCUAUGAAUCGCUACUCUGCCCAGAAGCAGUUCUGGAAGGCUGCUAAGCCUGGGGCCAACAGCACAACGGACGCCGUGCUGCUCAACAAGCUGCAUCAUGCUGCAGACCUGGAAAAGAAGCAGAACGAGACAGAAAAUAGGAAAUUGCUGGGGACUGUGAUCCAGUAUGGCAACGUGAUCCAGCUCCUGCAUUUGAAGAGCAAUAAAUACCUGACUGUGAAUAAGAGGCUCCCUGCUCUACUAGAGAAGAAUGCCAUGAGAGUGACUUUGGAUGAGGCUGGAAACGAAGGGUCCUGGUUUUACAUUCAGCCAUUCUACAAGCUACGGUCCAUCGGAGACAGUGUGGUCAUAGGUGAUAAAGUGGUUCUGAACCCUGUCAAUGCUGGCCAGCCCCUACAUGCCAGCAGCCAUCAGCUGGUGGAUAAUCCAGGCUGCAACGAGGUCAACUCUGUCAAUUGCAACACAAGCUGGAAAAUUGUCCUUUUCAUGAAAUGGAGUGACAACAAAGAUGACAUUUUAAAGGGGGGUGACGUGGUGAGGCUGUUUCAUGCUGAGCAGGAGAAGUUUCUCACGUGUGAUGAGCACAGGAAGAAGCAGCACGUCUUUCUGAGGACGACUGGCCGACAGUCAGCCACAUCUGCCACUAGCUCCAAAGCCCUUUGGGAGGUGGAGGUAGUCCAGCAUGACCCAUGUCGGGGUGGAGCCGGCUACUGGAACAGCCUCUUCCGGUUCAAGCACCUGGCUACUGGGCAUUACUUGGCAGCAGAGGUAGACCCUGACUUUGAGGAAGAGUGCCUGGAGUUUCAGCCCUCAGUGGACCCCGAUCAAGACGCAUCUCGGAGUAGAUUAAGAAAUCCUCAAGAAAAGAUGGUGUACUCUCUCGUCUCUGUGCCUGAAGGCAAUGACAUCUCCUCCAUUUUUGAGCUGGACCCCACCACUCUCCGUGGAGGUGACAGCCUUGUCCCAAGGAACUCCUAUGUCCGGCUUAGGCACCUGUGCACGAACACCUGGGUCCACAGCACCAACAUUCCCAUUGACAAGGAGGAAGAGAAGCCCGUGAUGCUCAAAAUUGGCACCUCUCCUGUGAAGGAGGAUAAGGAAGCAUUUGCCAUAGUUCCUGUUUCACCUGCUGAAGUUCGGGACCUGGACUUUGCCAAUGAUGCCAGCAAGGUCCUGGGCUCCAUCGCUGGGAAGCUGGAAAAGGGCACCAUCACUCAGAAUGAAAGAAGGUCUGUCACUAAACUGCUAGAAGACUUAGUUUACUUUGUCACUGGUGGAACUAACUCUGGCCAAGAUGUGCUUGAAGUAGUCUUCUCCAAGCCCAACAGAGAGCGGCAGAAACUGAUGAGGGAACAGAAUAUUCUCAAGCAGAUCUUCAAGUUGUUGCAGGCCCCCUUCACAGACUGUGGGGAUGGCCCAAUGCUUCGGCUGGAGGAGCUGGGGGACCAGCGACAUGCUCCUUUCAGACACAUCUGCAGACUGUGCUACCGGGUCCUAAGACAUUCACAGCAAGACUACAGGAAGAACCAGGAAUACAUAGCCAAGCAGUUUGGCUUCAUGCAGAAGCAGAUUGGCUAUGACGUGCUGGCUGAAGACACUAUCACGGCACUGCUGCACAACAACCGAAAACUCCUGGAAAAGCACAUCACUGCGGCAGAGAUUGACACGUUCGUCAGCCUGGUGCGAAAGAACAGGGAGCCCAGGUUCUUAGAUUACCUCUCUGACCUCUGUGUGUCUAUGAACAAAUCGAUUCCUGUGACCCAGGAGCUCAUCUGUAAAGCUGUGCUGAAUCCCACCAAUGCUGACAUCCUGAUUGAGACCAAGUUGGUUCUUUCUCGUUUUGAGUUUGAAGGCGUGUCCACUGGAGAGAAUGCUCUCGAAGCUGGGGAGGAUGAGGAAGAGGUGUGGCUGUUCUGGAGGGACAGCAACAAAGAGAUCCGUAGUAAGAGUGUCAGGGAACUGGCACAAGAUGCCAAAGAAGGACAGAAGGAAGACCGAGAUGUUCUCAGCUACUACAGGUACCAGCUGAACCUCUUUGCAAGAAUGUGUCUGGACCGCCAGUACCUGGCCAUCAAUGAAAUCUCAGGCCAGCUGGAUGUCGACCUCAUUCUCCGCUGCAUGUCUGACGAGAACCUGCCCUACGACCUGCGGGCAUCCUUCUGCCGUCUCAUGCUCCACAUGCAUGUGGACCGAGACCCCCAGGAGCAAGUCACCCCUGUGAAAUACGCCCGCCUCUGGUCAGAGAUCCCCUCGGAGAUUGCCAUUGACGACUACGACAGUAGUGGAACAUCCAAAGAUGAGAUCAAGGAGAGGUUUGCACAGACGAUGGAGUUUGUGGAAGAGUAUUUAAGAGAUGUGGUUUGUCAGAGGUUUCCCUUUUCUGAUAAGGAGAAAAAUAAGCUUACAUUUGAGGUUGUAAACUUAGCUAGGAACCUCAUAUACUUUGGUUUCUACAACUUCUCUGACCUUCUACGAUUAACCAAGAUCCUCCUGGCCAUAUUAGACUGUGUGCAUGUGACAACAAUCUUCCCCAUUAGCAAGAUGGCGAAAGGAGAAGAGAAUAAAGGUAACAAUGAUGAGGAGAAGCUGAAGAGCAGUAAUGUGAUGCGGUCCAUCCAUGGAGUGGGGGAGCUCAUGACCCAGGUGGUGCUCCGAGGAGGAGGCUUUUUGCCCAUGACUCCCAUGGCUGCUGCCCCUGAAGGCAAUGUGAAGCAGGCAGAGCCAGAGAAGGAAGACAUCAUGGUCAUGGACACCAAGCUGAAGAUCAUUGAAAUUCUCCAGUUUAUUUUGAAUGUGAGGUUGGAUUAUAGGAUCUCCUGCCUGCUGUGUAUAUUUAAACGGGAGUUUGAUGAAAGCAAUUCCCAGACUUCAGAAACGUCUUCUGGAAACAGCAGCCAAGAAGGGCCAAGUAAUGUACCAGGUGCUCUGGACUUUGAACACAUUGAAGAGCAGGCAGAGGGCAUCUUCGGAGGAAGUGAGGAGAACACACCACUGGACUUGGACGAUCAUGGUGGCAGGACCUUCCUCAGGGUCCUGCUCCACCUGACGAUGCACGACUAUCCACCUCUGGUGUCAGGGGCCCUCCAGCUACUAUUUCGGCACUUCAGCCAGCGGCAGGAGGUCCUACAGGCUUUCAAACAGGUCCAACUGCUGGUUACCAGCCAAGAUGUGGACAACUACAAACAGAUCAAACAAGACCUGGACCAGCUGCGAUCCAUCGUGGAGAAAUCAGAGCUCUGGGUGUACAAAGGCCAGGGCCCUGAUGAGACCAUGGACAGUGCCUCUGGUGAAAAUGAGCACAAGAAAACCGAGGAGGGGAAUAACAAGUCUCAAAAGCAUGAAAGCACCAGCAGCUACAACUACAGAGUAGUAAAGGAGAUUUUGAUUCGACUUAGCAAACUCUGUGUGCAAGAGAGUGCCUCUGUGAGAAAAAGCCGCAAACAGCAGCAGCGGCUCCUGCGGAACAUGGGUGCACAUGCAGUGGUGCUGGAACUGCUGCAGAUCCCCUACGAGAAGGCUGAAGAUACCAAGAUGCAAGAGAUAAUGAGGCUGGCUCAUGAAUUUUUGCAGAAUUUCUGUGCAGGCAACCAGCAGAAUCAAGCCCUGCUACAUAAGCACAUAAACCUGUUUCUCAACCCAGGGAUCCUGGAAGCUGUGACCAUGCAGCAUAUCUUCAUGAACAACUUUCAGCUCUGCAGUGAGAUCAACGAGAGAGUGGUCCAGCACUUCGUUCACUGCAUAGAGACCCACGGCCGAAACGUCCAGUACAUAAAGUUUCUGCAGACCAUUGUCAAGGCAGAAGGGAAAUUUAUUAAAAAGUGCCAAGACAUGGUCAUGGCUGAGCUGGUCAAUUCUGGUGAGGACGUCCUCGUGUUCUACAACGACAGAGCCUCUUUCCAGACCCUCAUCCAGAUGAUGCGGUCAGAGCGGGACCGGAUGGAUGAGAACAGCCCUCUCAUGUACCACAUCCACCUGGUGGAGCUCUUGGCCGUGUGCACCGAGGGCAAGAACGUCUACACGGAAAUCAAGUGUAACUCCCUGCUCCCGCUUGAUGACAUCGUCCGUGUGGUCACCCAUGAAGAUUGCAUCCCUGAGGUUAAAAUUGCUUACAUCAACUUCCUGAAUCACUGCUAUGUGGAUACUGAGGUGGAGAUGAAGGAGAUCUACACCAGCAACCACAUGUGGAAGUUGUUUGAAAAUUUCCUCGUGGACAUCUGCAGGGCAUGUAACAACACGAGUGACAGGAAACACGCAGACUCUAUUUUGGAGAAGUAUGUCACUGAGAUUGUGAUGAGCAUCGUGACCACCUUCUUCAGCUCUCCCUUCUCUGACCAGAGUACCACUCUGCAGACUCGCCAGCCUGUCUUUGUGCAACUCCUACAAGGUGUGUUCCGGGUUUACCACUGCAACUGGCUAAUGCCGAGCCAAAAAGCCUCUGUGGAGAGCUGUAUCCGGGUGCUGUCUGAUGUAGCCAAGAGCCGGGCCAUAGCCAUCCCUGUCGACCUGGACAGCCAAGUGAACAACCUCUUCCUAAAGUCCCACAACAUCGUGCAGAAAACAGCUAUGAACUGGCGGUUGUCAGCCCGCAAUGCUGCUCGUAGAGACUCUGUUCUAGCAGCUUCCAGAGACUACCGGAAUAUCAUUGAGAGACUUCAGGACAUCGUGUCCGCACUAGAGGACCGGCUCAGGCCCCUGGUGCAGGCCGAGUUAUCUGUGCUUGUGGACGUCCUGCACAGGCCCGAGCUGCUUUUCCCGGAGAACACCGAUGCCAGGCGGAAAUGUGAGAGUGGCGGUUUUAUUUGCAAGUUAAUAAAGCAUACUAAACAGCUGCUAGAGGAGAAUGAAGAGAAACUAUGCAUUAAAGUAUUACAGACCCUCAGGGAAAUGAUGACCAAAGAUAGAGGUUAUGGAGAAAAGCAAAUUUCCAUUGAUGAAUUGGAUAAUGCAGAGCUGCCCCAGGCACCGGAAGCUGAGAACUCCACAGAGCAGGAGCUUGAAUCAAGUCCACCCCUGAGGCAACUGGAAGACCAUAAAAGGGGUGAGGCACUCAGACAAAUUUUGGUCAACCGUUACUAUGGAAACAUCAGACCCUCAGGAAGAAGAGAGAGCCUUACCAGCUUUGGCAAUGGCCCACUGUCACCAGGAGGACCCAGCAAACCUGGAGGAGGAGGGGGAGGCUCGGGAUCCAGCUCCAUGAGCAGGGGUGAGAUGAGCCUCGCCGAGGUUCAGUGUCACCUGGACAAGGAGGGGGCCUCCAAUCUGGUCAUCGACCUCAUAAUGAACGCGUCCAGUGACCGAGUAUUCCACGAAAGCAUUCUCCUGGCCAUUGCUCUUCUGGAAGGAGGGAACACCACCAUCCAGCACUCCUUUUUCUGCCGGUUGACAGAAGAUAAGAAGUCAGAGAAAUUCUUUAAGGUCUUUUAUGACCGGAUGAAGGUGGCCCAGCAGGAAAUCAAGGCCACUGUGACAGUGAACACUAGUGACUUGGGAAACAAAAAGAAAGAUGAUGAGACCGACAGGGAUGCCCCAUCCCGGAAAAAAGCCAAAGAGUCCACGACACAGAUAACAGAAGAGGUUCGGGAUCAGCUCCUGGAGGCAUCUGCUGCCACCAGGAAAGCCUUCACCACGUUCAGGAGGGAGGCUGACCCUGAUGAUCAUUACCAGUCUGGGGAGGGCACCCAGACCACAGCUGACAAGACCAAGGAUGACCUGGAGAUGAGCGCACUCAUCACCAUCAUGCAGCCCAUCUUGCGUUUUCUGCAGCUCCUCUGUGAAAACCACAACCGAGACCUGCAGAAUUUCCUUCGUUGCCAAAAUAAUAAGACCAACUACAACCUGGUGUGUGAAACCCUGCAGUUCUUGGACUGUAUCUGUGGAAGUACAACAGGAGGCCUAGGUCUUCUUGGACUGUAUAUAAAUGAAAAGAACGUCGCGCUCAUCAACCAAACCCUGGAGAGUCUCACUGAAUAUUGUCAAGGACCUUGCCAUGAGAACCAGAACUGCAUUGCCACCCAUGAGUCCAAUGGCAUCGACAUCAUUACAGCCCUCAUCCUCAAUGACAUCAACCCUCUGGGGAAGAAGCGCAUGGACCUCGUGUUAGAACUGAAGAAUAAUGCUUCCAAGCUGCUCCUGGCCAUCAUGGAAAGCAGGCAUGACAGUGAAAACGCAGAGAGGAUUCUGUACAACAUGAGGCCCAAGGAACUGGUGGAGGUGAUCAAGAAAGCAUACAUGCAAGGCGAAGUGGAAUUCGAGGACGGGGAAAACGGCGAGGAUGGAGCUGCCUCCCCCAGGAACGUGGGCCACAACAUCUACAUACUGGCUCACCAGUUGGCUCGGCAUAACAAAGAACUUCAGACCAUGCUGAAACCUGGGGGCCAGGUGGAUGGAGAUGAAGCUCUGGAGUUCUAUGCCAAGCACACGGCACAGAUUGAGAUUGUUAGAUUAGACCGAACCAUGGAACAGAUCGUCUUCCCAGUGCCGAGCAUAUGUGAAUUCCUAACUAAGGAGUCAAAACUACGAAUAUACUAUACAACGGAGAGGGACGAGCAGGGCAGCAAAAUCAAUGACUUUUUCCUCCGCUCUGAGGACCUCUUCAAUGAAAUGAACUGGCAGAAGAAAUUGCGAGCCCAGCCUGUCUUGUACUGGUGUGCCCGCAACAUGUCUUUCUGGAGCAGCAUUUCAUUUAACCUGGCUGUCCUGAUGAAUCUGCUUGUGGCGUUUUUCUACCCAUUUAAAGGAGUUCGAGGAGGAACACUGGAGCCCCACUGGUCAGGCCUCUUGUGGACAGCCAUGCUCAUCUCUCUGGCCAUCGUCAUUGCUCUGCCCAAGCCUCAUGGCAUUCGGGCCCUUAUUGCUUCCACAAUUCUACGACUGAUAUUUUCAGUUGGGCUACAGCCCACGCUGUUUCUUCUGGGAGCUUUCAAUGUCUGCAAUAAAAUCAUCUUUCUGAUGAGUUUUGUGGGCAACUGUGGGACCUUCACUAGAGGCUACCGAGCCAUGGUUCUGGACGUGGAGUUCCUCUAUCAUCUGCUGUACCUUCUGAUCUGUGCCAUGGGCCUUUUCGUCCAUGAAUUCUUUUACAGUCUGCUGCUUUUUGAUUUAGUGUACAGAGAAGAGACUUUGCUUAAUGUCAUUAAAAGUGUCACCCGCAAUGGACGGUCCAUCAUCUUAACAGCGGUUCUGGCUCUGAUCCUGGUUUACCUGUUCUCAAUAGUGGGCUACCUUUUCUUCAAGGAUGAUUUCAUCUUGGAAGUAGAUAGAUUGCCCAACGAAACAGCAUUUCCAGAAACCGGAGAGAGUUUGGCAAAAGAUUUUGUGUACCCUGAUGUGUGUAGGGUGGAGAUGGGAGAGAACUGUUCUGCUCAUGCACCCCAAGAAGGUAGGACCUCGUGGCCACCAGCCCCAGAGCUGCUCCCAGCAGAAGAAAUAGAGCAGGAUAAGGAGCACACGUGUGAGACGCUGCUCAUGUGCAUCGUCACUGUGCUGAGUCAUGGCCUGCGGAGUGGGGGCGGAGUGGGAGAUGUACUCAGGAAGCCAUCGAAAGAGGAGCCCCUGUUUGCUGCAAGAGUCAUCUAUGACCUCCUGUUCUUCUUCAUGGUCAUCAUCAUCGUCCUGAACCUGAUUUUUGGCGUCAUCAUCGACACCUUUGCCGACCUGAGGAGUGAGAAGCAGAAGAAGGAGGAGAUCUUAAAAACCACGUGCUUCAUCUGUGGCUUGGAAAGAGACAAGUUUGACAACAAGACUGUCACCUUUGAAGAACACAUCAAGGAGGAACACAACAUGUGGCACUAUCUGUGUUUCAUUGUGCUGGUGAAAGUGAAGGACUCCACAGAGUACACGGGACCCGAGAGCUAUGUGGCGGAAAUGAUCAGGGAAAGAAAUCUUGAUUGGUUCCCUCGGAUGCGAGCCAUGUCCCUGGUCAGCAGCGACUCAGAAGGCGAACAAAAUGAGCUGAGAAACCUGCAGGAGAAGCUGGAGUCCACAAUGAAGCUUGUCACCAAUCUUUCUGGCCAACUGUCAGAAUUAAAGGACCAGAUGACAGAACAAAGGAAGCAGAAACAGAGAAUUGGUCUUCUAGGACAUCCUCCGCACAUGAAUGUCAACCCACAGCAGCCAGCAUAAGUGGAUGAAGCACAGGACAAUGCUCGCCUUCCUGUCAUUGGUGUGGGGAUGGCUCACUGGGUCGAGUUCACCACGGAGGUGACUCCCAUGCUUAGUACCUUUGUAAAUACUAGUUUUACAUUGUAUGUAUAUGGUGGCUACUCUCAAGGGUUGGGUACAUGUAUUGUAAUUAGACUUGUUGGCAGAAUGGCUUGUCAUUUGUGCCAAAAAAUGCCUUUUUUGGAAGGACUAAAGAAAGCACCUGAUUUGCACUUGAACCAGAUUAUAGAUUUAAAAAAGCAUAUGACAUGUAUUUUGUAUUUAAAACUAGAAUAGCCAGUAUUUAUGUUUUUUUUUUUUUUACAAAACUGUGCAAUACGAAUUAUGCAGUCACAAGAAAUUUGCAACUCUCAAGUGUCUUCAAGGGAGUGCAUAUGUUUAAAGCUGAUGUGUUAAUACUAUGUAAUAAAUGGUUAAAUAUCAAAUGAUGCUGCUGCCAAAAUUAUAUUAAUAGUGAGUUUCAGGCCCCUGGGCAUUUUGAACCUUGUAAUUAUCCUACGGUGAUGUUAUUUCUCGUUGCAUUAGCGCCUCUGCCUCCCAGUGACACCGUGCCAAGUCUGCGGACUAUUCAAUCAGCACUCACUUUAAGAAAGCAGAAUCCUUUUACGCUUCAAAACUGAUCAUUUAAACUAUUUAAGUGAGAGCCAUGUUAAAGGCUCACAUUGUAGCUUGUGAAGACAUUAAUGAAGUUUUUUAAAGGGAACUUUUUACACGAUGUUUGGCAUAAUUGCAUAUUGGCUGGCCAAUCAAUAUCAUCUCCUGGGUGAAUUUGAUGUCACAUUAUAACGAAAUGAAUAACUGAUGGUUUCUAGGUUAUCUAGUCCAAAUGGUAGAGUUCUUUUCUUUAUCUGAACCAAUGUGAUACAGUAGGUAGGAAGUACUAAGACUAUAUUCAUUCAUAUAAAGACAAAUAGGAAUGUCCCCUUAGAAGUCAUAGUGGAACACUGGCCUGUUAUUCUUCUGAAAGUGCCACAUUUUGGUUUUAUUUGUCACAUGAUUUCUUUUCUGGAUGGAUGCAAAGUAUGAAAGGAAACUUUUAUACCUGUUGCCUAGUUUUGUACAUGGGUCUCAUUUUACUAGAGAAUCUCUGCCCAAAAAAAGUUUAAAAAAAAUGUAUAUCAAAGGCAGAGUUCUGAAAUGAGUCAAGUUUGUAAAUGCAUAUAUAAAAUAUUUAAUAAACAAUGCAGAAUAACCGA